UAAAGACAGACUAUUCAUUGUUCAACAUACAGCAUCACUACAGCAGUAUCUGGAUUCAAAGUUCAGAAUUAAAAUGUGUUGAUAUUGUGAACUUUUUUUAUUGUUUAAUAUCAACGUUUGACUUAUUUGAGGUAAUGUGUUCAGCUCAUGAUUUCGCUAUGUAUCGAACCAGUGUUAAUGGAGACCUGAGGCUAAAUAUUUACGAAGCAUAUUAUUAAAAAAAUGUGGCUUCUGUGUUCAGUAUGUGCACAUGGCUAUCUAAGCUGCUCCAAAUGAAUGGCAAUUAAUUACAUUUUGUUUUACCAUUAUUAUUUCAUGAAGUUUUUUUUUUUAAUUACUUUCUGUACUUUUAAGAAUUACAUUUCUUAUGUAAAGAAUUUUUUUUUGGGUGGGGGUGGGGUUGUUUAAAGAAGUUGUCUUUCAAAAUAAAUGUGCCAGAGUUCAUAACUACAAACAAUGCAACAAUGUUUUUUUUUUAACCAUCAAUAUUUUAUAUAGCACCAUUAUAGUUUUCUGUUACAUGGGGUGUAAAACAAGGUGUAAAUGUUUCAUUUUGAGAUGCAUUUUCUGAGCAACAAUUCUUAAAUGAUCAUUUUUCCAGAGAACAGUUGAAUGUGCCAUUCUGAGAACACAGUGUAACUGCAACUUAAAGUCUAAGCACAUCGAUAGGUCAUUCAAGUUUUCUAUUGCUGUAAGUCUGUCUCUACCCUCUAGUAGGCAGUAUGGAGUUUCCUUUCUCAACCAGCUCAGACUGCAGUCUGUUCUCCCCAGGGACAUCAUACAUGUGACCAUACUAACACUGUCCACUACUAGAGCUCCAGCUGUCAACUUAACAGAUGUCUACACGGGCACUCUUGUUUCCAAAUUUAAACUAUGUUCAUCUCUUCAGACUGGAAGAGGACAUUUUCGUCAAUGACUGUGUCAUUUCACACUGAAAACAAAGUUUGAGGCAGUUUCUUCAAGAGACAAGUUAAUGUGUCAUGUUUUGCUUUUUUCCUUGCUUUUAAAAAGUCAAGACAGACAGUAAGAAUUGAGAUUUGUAGCAUUCACAGACACACUUUAUUGAUUUAUUAUAUUUUUUUGCUGUUGAUAUUAGACAGAAGACUGGAACACGGCAGUUUAUCUCUGAUAGCGCUGACUCACGGCGUAGCCCGUCGGCGUCUCAGUGUUAAAAGCCAGCAAAUCAGAGACGGAAGCACAGCGCCUUCUUCCCCACUUUGCUGAGAGACGCUGCUUUACUGCCCCACUGCUCUGUACUCAACUCUUACUCGCACGAUACAGUCUUUGAGCCAUCCAUCUAAUUUGUGCCACCUUAAAAUGCUUCUCGGUUUGAUGUACUGAUCUGACAUUCAGGGCAGCUUUGAGGCAGAGUCUCAAUCUCUUUUCUUUCUUUUAUCGGUUGAGUAUCUGUCUGAUGUCGUGUUGGCACAUCUGAUUGGGUAUGCAGACUCUGUACUGAGCAUGCCAGCCUGUGACAGGGACUGCAAUGCAGAGCCGCUCUCCUGGCACACACCAUUUGUCUGACAUUAAUGUAAAUAAUCCUGAGCACGGAGCCACUCAUGGCAGAGACGGUUUCUGAUGGAUUAUGUGUCUGCACACGUUCCGGUUGGUGCAUGCGGGGUAAACGCUCCCGUUCUUGUCUUUUCUUCGUGUGGUGAUGUUCAAAUAAAAUCCUGUGCGAGGAGGAAGAGGACGGAUUGAGACGUAUCUCUCUGCUUCUCAAGCUGCAUUUCCUCAUGCUGAGCUGCUGUGAGGAGCCUGCCCGCAUUCUCUCUCUCUCAUCUCGGAAGAUUCUGCUAUAGAGAUGUCUGGUGAGAACAUCGUGUCUUUUCCAGAGAUCUGAAACGGGCAUGAUGUCUCAACUCUUGCACAUGGAGAUUCCAAACUUUGGCAGCACUGUUCUGGACAGCCUGAACGAACAGCGGCUGCUGGGCCAACACUGUGAUGUGGCCAUUAUGGUCAAUGGACAGGCCUUCAAGGCCCAUCGCGCCGUUUUAGCAGCCAGCAGCCUAUACUUCCGCGACCUGUUCAGCGGUAGUGCCCAGACACUCUUUGAGUUGCCCUCAUCUGCCCCAUCCUGCUUCCAGCAGAUUCUAUCGUUCUGCUACACGGGCCGGAUGACGGUGAGUGCCAGCGAUCAGCUGAUGGUCAUGUACACCGCAGGCUACCUGCAAAUCCAGAACAUCGUGGAGCGGGGAAUGGACCUCAUGUUCAAGGCCAGUGCUCCGUACUGCGACUCACAGACAUCUGCCACAGACGAUCCCCCUAGCCCAAACAACAACAACUCCUCCCUGUUGCUAGGCGACCAGCCCACAACUCUCUGCAAGAUCAAGGAAGAAAAGUUGGAGACCCCGGUAUGUGCUCGGAAUGGAGAGCUAAAGCACUCAGAUGAGGAUAGGGGAGCUAGGGGCAGAUCUUUAAGGAAUGGGACUCUUUUCUACACCAGUGGAGGUGUGAACGGGAUCAUACCCGUGAUGCAUGCUUACGAGCACUCGACCCGAGAUCAUGCCAGCCCCGGUGCUUCUAGCCUCCCGACCACAGACAGCCCAACCUCACACCAAAAUGAGGAGGAGGACUUUGAAGACGACUCGUACGAAAGCCUGACAAACGGAAAGAUCUUUGGGGGCUCGUCUGGGAUCUAUAGCAUGCAAGAGAAGAUGGAGGUGUCCUCCCUGCCUCUGUCCUUGGAGAACCGUUUCUGUGUGCUGUUGGGAGGAGACAGAGAGGCUCUGCCUGCCGGACUCAUCAGCCAGAUCGGCUACCGUUGCCAUCCUGCUCUCUACACAGAGGGCGACCCUGGAGAGAGACUGGAGCUAAUUGGAGGAUCUGGUGUCUUCAUGACUCGUGGGCAGCUGAUGAACUGUCACCUCUGUGCUGGGGUCAAGCACAAAGUCUUGCUUAGACGUCUUCUAGCUGCUUUUUUUGACAGGAAUACACUUGCUGACAGCUGUGGGACUGGAAUACGUUCCUCCAACUGUGAUCCAAAUCGCAAACCACUGGACAGCCGCAUACUCAACACAGUGAAACUCUACUGUCAGAAUUUUGCCCCUAACUUCAAAGAAAGUGAGAUGAAUGUGAUUGCCGCAGACAUGUGCACCAAUGCCCGGAGAGUUCGCAAACGCUGGCUCCCCAAGAUCAAGUCCAUGCUUCCAGAGGCGAUCGAGGUGUACAGGGGGACUGCGGUCCUUAGCCAGGUGGAAGGAGCCACCCAUCCAGGCGGUGGCUUUCCCUUUGAGUCAGAGUUCAAACACCUGGCAGCGUCAAAUCUGACUCUGGAGCAGCAUCUCUAUGGAGAAUGCAGAGAGACACUGAGGAAUGGCUCUCACUUCAAUGUGGAAGAGAGGUCCCAAAAAGGCGAAGCAGCCAAGACUGAGCCAGGCCGAGCCAAAGAGUCCGACAACCCGCAGGAAGUUGAAAGGCUUCCGGAGAGUCCCGAGAGAGCAGCCAGUGUGCUCGCUCUCAACCCAGCCAGCAAGAAAGGGGAAAAAGAGCGGGCAUCCAGCAGCCCCAGAUCACAGAAAGAGGAACAGAACAGACAGAGACCACUUAAAGAGGAUCAGUGACUUCUUCUACUUCAUACGAUUUAAAAACUGGUCUGCAGCUUCUCACACCAAAAAGGAUCACUAUCCAUAAAGGCAAAUAUCCCAUGCCACUGAACAUUAAAUUAAAGCUGCAUGAUCAUGAAAUCUGGACAUAUACAUUUUUUUCCAGGAUAUAUUGAAGAACAUCUGCAUUAAAUACAGUUAUGCUCACAAUUUUCCCUUCCCCUUGCAGAGUCUACAAAAUGCUUUUUUUUAUUAUUAUUUUUACUGUCCGUGUGAAGCUAUUUGACAUGUAUUCACAUGUAUUCCACAAGACAGAUUAACUAAAUAAACUGAAAAACAAUAUCUGAUCUUUUUUCAAAAAUUUACAUACCCUUAGUUUUUAAUAUCAUACAUUGCCUCAAGCAUCAAUGAGUGUUUGUAGACUUUUGUGAUAGUUGUGCAUGAGUUUAUGGUUUGUCCUGAGCAGUGAAACUGUUCCUUGACAAAGCCUCCAGGUCCUGUAAGUUAUUUGGUUUCCCAGCAUGCUCUGCACAUUUCAGUUUUUCCCUACAUUGGAAAUAUAAUUUUGAGAUCCAGUUUUGGCACUAUGGACAAUUUAGGGACUUGUGCAAAACUGUGAUGCUUGAGGCAACACACAAUAUCAAGAAUCAAAGGUAUGUGAAAGUCUGAAUAUGAUAUUUUUUGUGUAAUUUAAGUCAUAUUUCUUUCUUAUAAAAACAUAAAUAUGUGUCAUGCAGCUUCUUCAGAGCAGUAAAUAAAAACAAAUAGGAUUUUAUAUCUUAUUUUUCAAAAAAAAAAAAAAAAAAAAAGUAUAAAU